AGGAGUGAUCCCCUCUUAACCCACUAUAGCGGCAUCGGGCUAGGGUAUUCUAGGGGCCCACCCCGCCGAGGUCGCAAGAGUGCUGCUGCUGGUGUUGUUGGUGUUGGUGUUGGUGCUGGUGCUGUUGUUGUUGUUGUUGUUGCUGGUGUUGUUGUUGUUGUUGUUGGAACCUCAAAAGAACCCAGAAUCUUCCGCACCAGACAGCAUCAGUUUCUUUACGCAGAGGCGUCAUGUUGAUGCGUUGAUUCACUCCACUCAACAUGAACUGCCUGAAAUGUCAACCGAGUUUCUGAUCAACGAAACUCCGGCACUACACGGAAGGCCCAAUCUUUCCAUGCCCAGCGGCUUGAUGGGGUUCAAUGCAUUCAUCAGCUGCAGCCAUUCCCAGCAGAUUUGGGCUCAAAGGCGGGAAGGAUUCCCAGGCUGGCCUGCAUUCCUCGUGCUUCAGGAGGCGAUGACGUACGCGGAGCUUUUGGAGGAGGUGAAGGAGAAGAAGGUGGCCAAGCUCAUCGAGUACGAAGUUUGCACUCCCAAGAUCGCCAAAGACCUUCUUGAAAAGAUCUCCAAGUGUGAGGAGGCUGGUGAAGAUGCAUCUUCAGAUGCAGCCAAGGAGGUUUUGAAGCUGAAAGAUUCGCUGAAGGCAGCCUCGGACGCGGAGGGCGGCGACUGGACGGAGCCCAUCGACGAAGGCGCGGUGGAGAUUUUUGAGCAGUUGGAGAAGUGGGAAUGCAAAAUGAAGGAGAAUCAGGAGGUGAGAGUGCACGAGGUCGAAGGCAUGAUCGAGUACGUGGAGAAGAAGUGGACGGGUCUUUCAAAGCUGGGCAAGUUUACUGCAGCAGUUCUGGAAAAGGCCAAGCCCUUGGUGGAGGCAGUGAAGCAAAAGAACAAGGAACUGGAGCAGGACAAGGAACUGAGGGAUGCGGUGUUCAUGAUGGAUUUGGUCAAUGGUGUGGUGACCACCUAUGCGUUGAUCGGCUUCACCAUUCCGGAAUUCGUCAUCCAGGGCAGCGACGAGGUGGAGGUUCAAUUGGAAAAGCGCAUCCCACGUUGGGAAGCCGGGCGUGACAUCGACAAGGAGUCGGAGCUGGGGAAGAAGAUCCAGGCGCAGAUCGAGAAGCUGCAAGAGGCCAUGCCACAGAUUCAGUUGAUUUGCAAGGAGAAUCCCAAGUUUAGCUUCGAAGAUCAAAGAGAAUGCAAGGAGACCAUCAACAUGAAAGCCACCCUUUUCGCUGGUGCUGCGUGCGCCAUCAAGGGCAACACGGAGGAGUUGGCGAAGAUGAUUGCCAAGGCGGAGGAGGAGUUCAAGAAGGGCGAAGCCUCGUUCUUCGACACGGAGGCGAAGAAGAAGAUUUUGACAAAAGCACAGUACGACAGUGCCUUGGAGAAGCUCAAGGAGAAGGCUCAGGAGCUUGAGAAGAAGGCCAAAGAAGAAACCAAGACAGAAGAGACCAAACCUGCUGCAGAGCCUAAGCCCGAGGAGAAGAAGGGAGCAGCGGAAACAGCGCCAGAGGGUGUACCUGAGGGUCUGGUGCGCAAGCCUAGCUGUUGAGCUGCAGCGUUGCACUACGCAGUUUCACGCCGAUGUUGCAACAUGGCGCCCGGCGCAAUGUUGCACGAGCCAAAAUCAGCGUUUGGAGCGUCGGGUGUGCGAUGUGGGUAGCUGGCCAUGUC